CUCGCCCCCGCCUUCGGCCAAUCGUCCUCCAGCCACGCUCGGCCGCGGGGUCAGAGUGCCGCCCGCGCUGAGGGUCGCGUCUUCCAGGCCCCGCUGGUCUCGCCGCUGCUCGCCGAGAUCGGACGCUCCCCACUCGCCUCCUCCCCGCGCUCGGUCCAGAGCGAAGCAUGUCUUCUGAGACAUUCCAAGCAAAAGAGGGGGUGGCAGGGUGCCCCCACCUCUCCGGGACACACUCAGCCAAAAGGAGCCUGGAGCAGGGGCCCGCAGGGGACCAGGACACCAAGGACCACCUGUGGAUCCGGCCUGAUGCCCCGAGCAGGUGCUCCUGGAAGCUGGGCAGGCCCCUCACCGACUCGCCCCAUCACCACACGGCCUUGGCAAAGUCGCCCAAAAUCUUGCCAAAUAUCCUGAAGAAAAUUGGAGAUACCCCCAUGGUGAGAAUCAAUAAGAUCGGGAAGAACUUUGGCCUGAAGUGUGAGCUGCUGGCCAAGUGUGAGUUCUUCAACGCGGGCGGGAGCGUGAAGGACCGCAUCAGCCAGCGCAUGGUGGAGGAGGCCGAGCGCGCCGGCAUCCUGAAGCCCGGGGACACCAUCAUCGAGCCGACGUCUGGGAACACAGGGAUCGGGCUGGCCCUGGCAGCCGCGGUGAAGGGCUACCGCUGCAUCAUCGUGAUGCCGGAGAAGAUGAGCAUGGAGAAGGUAGACGUCCUGCGGGCGCUGGGGGCGGAGAUCGUGAGGACGCCCACCAACGCCAGGUUCGACUCCCCCGAGUCUCACGUGGGGGUGGCGUGGAGGCUGAAGAACGAGAUCCCCAAUUCCCACAUCCUGGACCAGUACCGCAACGUCAACAACCCCAUUGCUCACUACGACAGCACGGCCGAGGAGAUCCUGCAGCAGUGUGACGGGAAGCUGGACAUGCUGGUGGCUUCGGCGGGCACAGGUGGCACCAUCACAGGCAUCGCCAGGAAGCUGAAGGAGAAGUGUCCUGGAUGCAAAAUCAUCGGGGUGGAUCCCGAAGGCUCCAUCCUGGCUGAGCCCGAGGAGCUGAACCGGACGGAGCUGACGGCUUACGAGGUGGAGGGCAUUGGCUAUGACUUCAUCCCCACAGUGCUGGACCGGACGGUGGUGGACAAGUGGUUCAAGUGCAACGAUGAGGAGUCCUUUGCCUUUGCCCGCAUGCUGAUUGCGCAGGAGGGACUGCUGUGCGGUGGCAGCUCCGGCAGCGCCAUGUCGGUGGCCGUGAAGGCGGCCCAGGAGCUGCGGGAGGGCCAGCGCUGUGUGGUGAUUCUGCCCGACUCUGUCCGCAACUACAUGUCCAAGUUCCUGAGCGACAGGUGGAUGCUGCAGAAGGGCUUCCUGAAGGAGGAGGACCUCUCCAUGAAGAAGCCCUGGUGGUGGCACCUCAAAGUCCAGGAGCUGAGCCUGUCCACUCCGCUGACAGUGCUGCCCACGGUCACCUGCAAGCACACCAUCGAGAUCCUCCGGGAGAAGGGCUUCGACCAGGUGCCCGUGGUCGAUGAAUCGGGAGUGAUCCUGGGGAUGGUGACUCUGGGGAACAUGCUGUCUUCCCUGCUCGCUGGGAAGGUGCAGCCGUCAGACCAAGUUCACAAAGUCAUCUACAAGCAGUUCAAGCAGAUCCGCCUGACUGACCCGCUGGGCAUGCUCUCGCGCAUCCUGGAGAUGGACCACUUCGCCCUGGUGGUCCACGAGCAGAUCCAGUCACGGGACCAGGCCUUGGCAGGAGUGGUGGGGGGGCCUGCAGACCACAGCCCCGGGGAGUCCAGCAAGAGGCAGAUGGUGUUCGGGGUCGUCACCGCCAUUGACCUGCUGAACUUUGUGGCUGCCCGGGAGCGGGACCAGAAGACAAAGUCAGCAAAUGCCCUGGAAUCCAGAGUAGUCCAGCUCUGACCCCACACAUGCCACCUGCUCCUUUGCUCCCACAAACACUAAACAAGCCUGUGUGCCUUCUAACUGCCCAGGGCUGGGCACUGCCCUGUUGUUAUGGGCAGCAAUGAGCAGGUUUAGGGUACUUAGCCCAAGGCCAGCAGAAAUGUUUCCCUUAACACCUGACACUUGGAUGAAUCUAUGGUUUAUUAAAAUGUGCUUUUCUUUUUAACUUUCUCUUAAAAAAUGUUUCAACAAGGAAACCUUAUUAAAAGGGAACUCAGCCAGGUGGAUGAACCCAUGCCUGAGGGGGGCAGAAUGGCCUGGAAGCAGAAGAAGUGCCUUUUCUGGAGAAGAAUCCAGAUGGGGAGCAGCAGAAGGGGCUCAGGAAGUAAGGAUCAUUCAGUGACCCUCACACAGCAGCACUCUGCGCGGGGAUGGGCGGGUUAGAGUGGCUUGAGUAUUUUGGUUUUUAAUUGAGGUGAAAUUCACAUACCUAAAAUGAACAAGUUUUAAAUGUACAAUUCAGUGGCAUUUAUUACAUUCAUCUCUGCCAAGUUCAAAGCAUUUUCAUCACCCCCAGAAGCAGUCAUUCCCUCUCCCCCAUCCCUCCUGGCAGCACUAAUCUGCUUUACUAGUAUGUCUCUGUGAUUUACCUGUUGGGGAUAUUUCAGAUAAAUGGGAUCAUACAAUCUGGCCUUUUGUGUCUGGCUUAUUUCACUUAACACGUUUUCAAGGUUCAUUUUGUAGUAAGUAUCAGUACUUUAUUCCUUUUUAUGGCUGAAUAUUUCAUUGUGUGGAUAUACCACAUUUUGUUUACCUGUUUAUCAUUGAUGGACACUUAGGUAAUUCUCUCUCUCUGGCUAUUGUGAAUUGUGCUGCUAUAAACAUUCAUGUAUGAGUAUUGGUUUGAAUAACUAUUUUCAAUAAUUUUGGGUGGAUACCCAGGACGGGUUGCUGGGUAGUGUAAUUAAUUCUAUGGCUCAUUAAAGACCUGCCAGUCUGUA